GUUGCGACCGUCCACGAGCUGCUCAAACCCCUCUCUGUUAAGGAUGACAGCAGCAGGUGCUUCAGCGAGGAGAAUCUUGUGGCCUGCGUGCUGGACCUGUUCUUUGCGGGCACAGAGACAACGUCCACAACCCUCCGCUGGGCUUUGCUCUACAUGGGCACCGUUCUGUUGCCCAACUUGACUUCAGUGCUUACGGACAAGAAGGAGUGGGAAACCCCUGAUGCUUUUAACCCCGAGCACUUCCUGAAGGACGGCCAGUUCUGCAGGAGAGAGGCCUUCAUUCCAUUUUCCCUAGGGAAGCGGGCCUGCCUGGGCGAGCAGCUGGCCCGCAUCGAGUUCUUCCUCUUCUUCAUGGCCCUGCUGCAGAAAUUCACCUUCCGGAUGCCGCAGGACACCGUGCCCAGCUUCCUCUACCGCAUUUCUAUUACGCGCCAACCCCAUCCCUACCGCAUCUGCGCCGUGCCGCGCUAG